GUGCCGCAGCCGCCAUGGGCCCCGCCGCGGCGGCGCUGGCCGUGGCGCUGCUGGCGGCCGCCCCCCCCGGCGCCGCCGCCGCCUGGGACCUGCGGGCGCUGCGCUGCGGCUUCUCGGCGGACUGCGAGUCUGGAGUGCGACUUGGCCACCAACGUGGUGGGGCAGCCCCUGGUGAGGCAGCAGGUGAUGAAGGGAGUGCGCGAGUUCCUGCAGAACCCGAGCCCCGCCAAGCCCCUGGUGAUGUCCUUCCACGGCUCCACUGGAACGGGCAAAACCUACGUGAGCUCCAUGCUCGUCCGCCACCUCUUCCAGGGCGGGCUGCGCAGCCCCUACGUUCACCACUUCUCUCCGAUCGUGCACUUCCCCCACGCCGAGCACGUUGAGCAGUACAAGGAAAACCUGAAGCGCUGGAUCCAGGGGAACUUGACGAGCUGCGGCCGGUCGGCUUUCCUCUUCGACGAGAUGGACAAGAUGCACCCAGGCCUGAUCGACGUGAUCAUGCCGUUCCUGGGCCCCUCGUGGGUUGUGUAUGGCACCAACUACCGCAAGGCGAUCUUCAUCUUCAUAAGCAACGCGGGAGGAGAGCAGAUCAACGAAAUGACGCUGGAGCUCUGGCGGGCCCACCGGGACCGGGAGGAGAUCAGCCUGCAGGACGCGGAGUCGGCCAUCUCCAAAGCCGUGUUUGAAAACCCUCAGAGUGGGUUCUGGAAAUCCGGGAUCAUUAACGAGCAUCUCAUUGACUUUGUCGUGCCCUUCCUCCCGCUGAAGCACCACCACGUAAAGCAGUGCGUCGUCAACGAGCUUGUCCAGCAAGGCCUAGAAGUACGUCAGGGCGUGGUCCAGGAGGUGGCGGACAGCAUCCCCUACUUCCCAGAAGAAGAGAAAAUAUUUUCAUCAACAGGCUGCAAAACAGUGGCCUCUCGGAUCAGUUUUUUCUUCUAGCCACUGUCAGGGGCCUUGCUCAGCUCCACGGGGGACGAAUGUGGAGCUGUGGAGCUGCAGAGCCCAGGGCUGGCAGGGUGAGGCCCAGGAGCUGCGGGUUACCAGCCGGUGGCACAAGUGCUCUCCUGCUGAACUCCUCUGUCCAGCCCCAAGGAUGCCACUGCAGGAUGCAGCUGUGGGAGCAAGAGCAAGGGGUGUGAUUUAAAGCACUUUACGGAUUUAUCCUAUGGCCAGGUGAGGGUGGAUACGACCGGCACGGUGCACCGCCCCAGACAUCUGUGAUGAAAAGGGGAAGAUGCCAAGAGGGACCGCAGCGUCAGGGAGGUUUCUGACCCUGCCAGCAGCACCGAUCUGCAGCUCUCCCCUCUUCAGGCAGCUACUGAUACCCAGUGCAUCAAGAUUCUGAGCCCUAAAAAUAUAUAUUUUUUUUUAAUACAGCAUUUUAGCAUUUUUUUAAAACUGUCUUUUUAAGUGUGGCAGUACCUCAGUUCCUUGGUACAAUGUGACAGUGUUGGUGUUGACUCCUGCGACGCUGGCUGGUGAACACCUUCAACGUUGCAGCGGAGUUUGCUUUCUGAGGAAUUUUUAGAGCCAACUUCUUUCCAGUUUCCUUUCACUGUGAAUAGGUGCUGGUAGGGACCAGCUUCACCAUCAAGAAGCACGGGGUCGCAGUGAGGGAAAUGUCACUGCCCAACCCGCCAAGAGCCCAGCUCUUCCCCAUCUUUCCCCCGAGGUCCUGCAGCAAACCAGGAAAGCAAAAACAAAACACCAGACCUCUCCCUUGUUUUACUAGCUACAAAAAAAAACUUCGUGCCUACCUCCAGGGGAGACCGUGGUGCUACGAAUGGUUUUAAAAAUUCUUUUUAUUCAGUGUUGAUUUCUACAGCAGGCUGAGGAGUUGGUGCUAUAAGCUGCUGAGCCUCUUUUACAUCCUUCUGCUGGUCAGACCUCGCAAACUUUGGCUGGGCCAGCUCUGCUGAGCUUCUCGGGGCCGCCACUUACGUGGGAACCUGAGGACAAGCAGGAGAAGAUCAGUACUCGGAUCGGUACUCCAUGCUGUCAGGAACAUUGGCCUUUGUCCUGUGUUAAUCUCUGUGCAGUUACGGGAGCACAGGUCAGAGGAACCAGAACCAUUCCGUCUCUGGGAACAACCUGCCUGAGGGGUGGGUGAACGGGGACAUUCUGAUGCUCCCCUCAGGCCCCAUGCUGAAACGAGCUGCAGUGCUUGGGACCAUUCCAGCCUGCCUCCAGAGCCAGAGCUUGUGGGACAACGAUUGCAGGCACCACCCAGAUGUGGCCUGGGCGCUGGCCCACGGACAGACUCAAACAUCCUGCCUCUUUCAAAAGCGUUGGGCGUUUCUAAUUUUAAAAUAAAUCUUCUAUGAAAUAAA